AUUUCUUUCCCAUGUACAUUGGGCUGGUGCUCUUGAAUACAUUUCUUUCCCAUGUACAUUGGGCUGGUGCUCUUGAAUACAUUUCUUUCCCAUGUACAUUGGGCUGGUGCUCUUGAAUACAUUUCUUUCCCACAACAUCUAUAAGGGAAGAAUAUCUCUAAUCGAAUACAGCGGAUGUAUGGAUGUCACAAUCUGGAAUUUACAAAAGUCAGACGGUGGACUGUACCGAUGUGCCAUAACUGAUUCACCCUAUCACGUUUACAAGGACUUCAUAGUUGUAAUACCAGGACCAAAACCUGGCCCUGGCCCCGUUCCUCCUACCCGUGCUGCAACUGACCCCACCCCCACCGAGAAGACCACUCCCCAGACCACAACCACUACUACACCCACUCCCGUGGACCCCUCUCUGGAUGCUUGUCGUGUGGACAAAUUUGACACCAUCACUCUGAUCCAGCAGGAGCUGCACUUGUUCAAGGAUGGCCAGUACUGGAAGGUGUCGCAGAAGAACGAGAUCAAGGGUCCUUACCGCACCUCCGAGACGUGGCCUGCCCUCCCCUCCACCAUCGACUCCGCCUUCGAGGAUCUGCUCACUAAGAAACUGUACUUCUUCUCAGGCCGCCGGGUGUGGGUGUACACUGGGAGCAGCGUGCUGGAGCCCCACAGCCUGGAGAAGCUGGGCCUGCCUGGCAGCCUGGAGCGUGUGGAGGGAGCCCUGGAGAGGGGCAAGGGCAAGGCCCUGCUCUUCGGCGGGGAGAAAUACUGGAGGCUGGACGUAAAAACCCAGACCAUCGACGAGGGCUACCCACGUGAUGUAGACCAGGACUUUGGAGAUGUACCCAUCGAUGCUCACGAUGUCUUCCUGUACAAAGGACACACCUACUUCUGGCGCGAACGUUUCUAUUGGAGGAUGAACUCCCGAAAGCAGGUGGACCGGGUUGGCUACAUCAAGUAUGACGUUCUGAAGUGUUCUGUCCCCUCCCACCGCCAUUGCACAGACCCAGCUAAGAACAGGAAGGACACAGACCGUUUGUGUUCCUCUCAGAUACACACUCCAAAACAGAUGCGUCGCCUUCAGAUCCAGCAGCAAUGAGGCUAGCUUUGGUCCUCUCCUUCCUCUCAGGAGCCUACUCUGCUGUUGUCUGGGGUCCAG